CCAAGUUGCACGGGGCUUGGUGGAAAGAAAGAUGUCAUUUUUUUAAAUUUUAUUUAUUUAUAUUUACAAUACUUAAUAACCCUGACAUUAGUAAAUGCACAGAGUGUAUUAUUGAAGGAUACAGUAUAACCCAGCUGUCUGCAUUUAAUCCAUGGAUAUCUAUGUCAGAUGAUGGAAAUUACAAAUUCAAAAUUAAUUUAUGUGAAAUGAACAAUAAAGAUGGUAACUGUCCAAAUAAUGCUGCAAUAUGUCGGAUGGACAAAGAUGGCAGCCAUGCUGUAUCCUUUGGCAACCAGACUGUGAAUGUGGACACAAGAAAAAACUCAUCUGAAGCAGAGUUGACAGUGAUUUAUCAUGGUGCUCAGUGUUCACAGUCGCACACAGAACUCUAUACAACAACCAUUCAUUUCAGAUGUGGCAAAUAUCUGGGCUCUCCAAACUAUCUUGGCACCAUGGGCUGUGCUGUGUUUUUUCAGUGGGAGUCUAUUGUGUUUUGCACAGACAUGAAACAGAUUAAUGAAGUUCCUUGUUUUGUGUAUUUAAAUGGAGCUAGGCAUGACUUAUCUCCCCUGAUCAAGAAAACUGGUGGAUAUUUAGUUGACUCAUCAAAUGACAGAGAAUUGUACAUCAAUGUUUGUAGGGACAUUAAUGGUGUGGGUUCCAGUGAUGCAAGCAAGUGUCCAGUUGGCUCAGCCUCGUGCAGAGUGAUUGGUGGGGCUGCAGAAGACAUGGGGCAGUUGAACGGAUCCUUGCAGAAGUCCGUUGAUGGAAAUCUGAUACUUAAAUAUGUGUCACCAGUGAAGCCAGACUCCUGUCUAGACAAACCCACAACAACCAUCACGUUUGUCUGUCCACAGCGGGGUGGUAGUAAAGAUCCAUUGUUGCUCGAUGACCACAACUGUCAGAACAAAAUUGAAUGGACGACCGAAUAUGCUUGCAACUCCUCAAUUCUCACCAGUAAUGGAUGUCAGCUGACCUACGAACACCAUAACAUUGACUUUGACCUUUCUCCUCUCACCAAUGACAUAAAAUCGGAUACUCCGUAUUUAGUGAAUGUGACAGACGGCAGUGAUCACUAUGAAUAUUUUAUCAACGUGUGCCAGGAGCUUGGGAUUCCAUGUCCAGUUGACACACAAGAGUCAGUGUGUCAGUUAAAAGCAGAUAAUUCCACUUUCGGAAAAAAUCUGGGAACCAAAGAUAGCAUGAAGCUGAGGUACUCUGAUGGAGAGCUCACGCUCACUUACAGCAAUGGAGAUGCUUGCCACACCCACUUCCACAGAGAAACCAUCAUUGUUUUCCACUGUAACAAAACUGCAGAAAAUGAUGGCAAAGGCAAACCAGUGUUCACAGCUUAUGAAAACUGUACCUACAUGUUCGAAUGGCAAACUAAAUAUGCUUGUAUAGACCACUCAGUGGAUGACCUGUGUCGAGUUCGUUACCAAGGUCAUCGGUAUGACCUUUCUUCAUUAGUGAGGAAAACGGGUUCCAACUGGGUAGCCCUGGAUGGAAUAGACCAGACUGAGAAACAACAGUAUUUCAUAAAUGUCUGUCAUGAUAUACUCAAGACAGGUGAUGCUAACGGUUGCCAUUCCGACAGUGCAGUGUGUGUUAGAGCAGAUGAUGGUGGCACAAAAAGUAUUGGAAAGUUUACAACAGGCCCAACGUUUGAUCCGACAUCUAGAACUCUGACAAUUAACUAUACAGAUGGGCAUGUUUGUAACUCCAAGGGCAGAAAGAGUUUUUCUGUAAUCACAUUUAUUUGUAAGCCAGGUGACUUGGAGAGUGGUCCCGUUUUGAUGCAGAAAAUGGCCGACGGUUGUAUGUUUGAGUUUGAGUGGUAUACUGCAGCAGCCUGUGUUUUGUCACAGAAAACUGGAACCCACUGUAAAGUCUUUGAUGAUGAAGCAGGAUACCAUUUUGACCUAUCUCGACUGACCAAAAAGACUGGUGAAUACUACUCUGUCACUGACAAGAGUAGAACAUAUGACUACUUUCUCAAUGUGUGUGGCCCAGUCACUGGAACCAGGUGUGAUAAUGGACAUGUUCCAACGGCAGCUUGCCAGGUGAAAAAGAAUGGACAAGAUAGUGAUGUUCAUAACACAGGAAAACCGAAUGGUGAUUUACUUUAUUUUGAUGGGAUGAUCAAGCUGAACUACAGUGAUGGUGAUCCAUACAGUGACAGUGGCCACACUCCGAGGCAGACAGAGAUCGCCUUCCUUUGUGACCUGUCUAAAGGCAUGGGUCAGCCAGAGCUGAUUGAAGAGAAAAACCAUGUAUAUGCUUUUAAGUGGUACACAGCAUAUGCAUGCCCCGUUCAACCUGUGGAAUGCAUAUUUGUUGACAAAGUUACAAAUUAUCAAUAUGAUUUGUCUCGUCUGUCUAUGUUUGAAAGUCAGGAAAAUUGGGCAGUACUUGAUGACUCGAACCCAUUGGAAAAGCACAAGUUCUACAUUAAUGUAUGCCGACCUGUGAAUCCUGUACAUCUUGUAUCAGGGGGAACAGUUACUUGUGAUGCCUUCGCUGCAGCAUGUGAAACAAAAGUAAUCGAUGGAAAGGAAGUGUUAGUUCAUGCUAAUCUUGGAAAAGCAAAAGUUGGGCCAAUUGCUGAUGGAAACCAACCCGGUCAUCUGUUGUUGGAAUACACUGAUGGUGAUGAUUGCACAGACAUGAAUGGCAAACCAUCAAAAAUGAAAACAACUAUCCAUUUCAUAUGUUCCAAAGGCAAAGUGUCAUCUGGAUCAAGUCCGCCCCAUAAAAUCAGCAACUGCGAAUAUUCUUUUAUCUGGGAAACUGAGGCAGCAUGUCGUAUUGACCAUGUACAAAAUAAUUCUCAGUCCUGUUCCAUCAAGGAUCCCAAUUCAGAUUUUGUAUUCGGCUUGGCACCCUUGAAGAAAAGAGGAAACAGCUUCUAUGAAGUUCUAACAUCUGACAAGCGGUCACUCCGGUUCAACAUUUGCGGACCUGUGUCUGCAUCCAGCUGUGACCCUUUACCAGACCAUACCCAACCUGCCGUGUGUGAGUAUCAGCCACAACGCCGCCCUCCCCUCGCUAGAGUCAGUCACACACUAGAGUACUCGGACGAUGGCCAGCUUUUCAUUAAGUAUGAGGGAAAUCGAAACAGGAACACAGGUCUGUUUGACUUUAUAUUGAAAAUCUCCUUCACCUGUUCAAGAACUGUGAGCAAUGACACGUUGGAGUUUGUGCAACAGGAAGAGCAGACAUACAUGUUGAAGAUAGCUACCCCACUUGCCUGUCCAGCACAAGCCAUCGACUGUACAGUGAUAGAUGCCAAGGGUCAGCAGUAUGACCUCAGUCCACUAGCACGGACUGAUUCCAACUGGGAAGUUCCUGAUUCCAGAGAUACACACAAGAACUUAAAAUAUCUUAUUAAUGUCUGUCGACCGGUUGUACAAACAGCCUCUAAUACAAGCUGUCCAGGUGGUCCAGUGGGGGCGUGCCAAGUUGGUGGCAGCCAUUCUUUCAGCAUGGGGUACAUACAGUCGAAGCCCACAGUGGCUGUUGAUGGAACCAUCACACUAAGGUACAGGGGAGGUGAUGCCUGUCAUGUUGGUACCCCCAAAGAGGCAGCAAGGAGCACAAGAAUUGACUUCAUCUGCUCAUCGUCUGAGCAUGAGCCAGUGUUUAUGGGCGAGACUGAAGUGUGUGAAUACCUGUUCAACUGGAAGACCCCUAGUGCCUGUCCACAACAGAGGCCAUCGGUCUACAGGCUGGGAGAAGGGCAGUGUCCCAGAAAGCCAAACGACAAGCUUGUAUAUGAUGCCGGGGAGAUAACUCUGACCUAUACAGAAGGAAAGUCUAAAUGUCAUGGAAAGUAUAACAGAACGACUGUGAUCACUUUCGUCUGUGACCACUCCAGUGAUGGCAAGGAUGGUCCACACCUCCUGGCAGAACACUCGGAUUGCACUUAUCAGUUCGAAUGGCCAACUAAUCAUGCAUGUCCUCCGUAUAAAGUGACUGACUGCUCUAUCAUUGAUAAAGAUGGCAAACACUACGAUUUGUCCCAACUUUCAAGAAGUUCAGACAACUAUGAAUACCUCAUUCAACAUGAAAACAAGAAAUUUAUCAUCAAUGUUUGCCGGUCUCUUGUUCAUCAGAAAGACCAAACUUGUCCAUUCAAUGCAGCUGCUUGUAUGAUUGACCUAGCUGAACAUAACCUUACUAAAAGAUACCACAAUAUUGGAGAGUUAACAGAGCAUCCUGUUAAAAUAGAAGAUGGUAAAAUAGUCCUCAAGUAUGAAAAUGGGGAGACAUGUAUGGAUGGACAGAAAAAAGCGACAACCACAAUUAUCAUGGUCUGCAGUCCGAACAGCUUUGACACACAUCCAUUGGCUCAUUUUGCUGUUGGUGACUGCGACCAUCACUUCAUGUGGACCACCAAGGCAGCUUGUCCCAUAUCUUCCCAGGUGACACAGUCUGGUAACUGUACAGUGAGAAACCCUGCCACAGGUUAUAGCUUUGAUUUGAAUAUUUUAAAGAAAGCUGAAGGAUAUGUUGCCAAGUCUCCAAAAGGUUACAAUUACACCAUCAAUGUGUGUGCUGCCUUGAACAAUAGCCCCUGUGGACCAAAUUCAGGGUCUUGCCAGCAUGAACCAACUGGAGACCUGCGAUAUUUUGAUGCUGGAAACUUCACCAGCAAUCUGCAAUUCAAGGAUGGAAUUCUAAUGUUGAACUAUUCUGGAGGAGCUCGUUGUCACCAUAACAACUUUGAGCGCACAUCAAUUAUCAGCUUCAUAUGUAGUGAAAACGCAGGUCAGGGGUCGCCGGUUUAUAUAGACAGUUCGGAUGGGUGCUUGUACUAUUUUAACUGGCACACAGAGCUGGCUUGUGAAAAACAGGUGAAAUGCAGUGUGGAUGUGGGUGGGAACUACACAGUGGACUUGUCACCGCUGAUCAAGCGCUCCGGUCAUCACCUGGCUGUCGAUAUGGCCGUCACGUCCAACACGCCGCGGUCACUGUUCUACAUCAACAUCUGCCGACCACUCAACUCAGUCCAGGGUAUACUCUGUCCAGCAGGAGCUAGUGCAUGCAUGGUCAGAGAUGAGCUGCCGCCCAAGAGUUUGGGAAAGAUUUCUGGAGAGCCCAUUGUUGGUCCACGGCCAGGUGAGAUCACCUUAGUUUAUGACCACGGUGACCCAUGUAAGAAGAACCCAAGCAAGAAUAUGUCCAGCAGAAUUGUGUUCACUUGUAAACCUGGGGCAUCAGAGGGUACUCCAGAGUUGGAUGCUGUCACUGAGGACUGCCAGUAUGUUUUUGUUUGGGAGACAGAGGUCGUUUGCCAUGGUGAUACUCGUGAAAAAGAAAACAAAUCCUGCAAAUACACUAAUCCAUUCACCAAGCUUGUAUAUGACUUGUCUUCACUAAAUAAUCCCAUUGAGGUGCCAGUUUCACGACAUUCUAGAUCAAAGUACUAUGUACAGGUGUGUGGUCACAUGGACGAUGAUAAGCUACCGGGGUGUCGGGGCUCUGCUGUCUGUCUGGUGAAUGGUACGCAGUCGCUGUCAUUCGGCAAGGCAGAUCAGGCUGUGUUUGAGAUGGCUUCCACGGAAAUCCUCAAACUGACGAUAAAUGGUGGAAAAGAGUGUAAAUACAGUGAAACUGGAAAAUCAAAGACUGAAAUACUGUUCCAGUGUGACUACACAGCUGACAGAAGCAAGCCAACACUUAUGCAGAAUGCUCCUUGCAAUGCUGUUUUCAUCUGGAAGACUAAGCUUGUGUGUCCACCAGUAAUAGAGGAUUGUAGCCUGGUAUACAGGGAUGUGAAAUACGACCUGGAGAUCCUGUCACGCGAGAAGGGCAGCUGGAAUCACACAGACAGUCAAGGGAAUAUAUACUGGAUUAACAUCUGCCAAGGUUUGCAUGGAAACGCCCUUCAUCAAGGUUGUCCAGCUCAUGCAUCUGUAUGCAGAAAAAAUCCACACAGACCCAACAUUGACAUGCUUGGACGCCUUGACAGUCAGAAACUCUACAUGGACUCUGAUGGUCAGACAAUAGUUCUCGAAUACACUGAAGGGGAACCUGCAUGUUCACACAAUCGCCGGAGAAGCAACAACCCACAGGCCAAAACCAUCAUCAAGUUUAAAUGUGCUGAGACAGUUGGAGGACCAGUGUUCAUACCCAGAUCGGAAAAUGAAGCUGACUGUGUUUUUGAAUUUGAAUGGAAAACUCGAAUAGCUUGUGCUAAAGAGAGCCAGGCCAUGCCCGUUAGUGAGGUGAAUGGUAUAAUUACUGAUCCUAAAUCUGGAGGAACCAUUGAUCUUCACAAAUUCAACAAUGCAAAUGGAAACCAUUUUGCACUGGAAAGUGAUGGCAAGAAUCACUUCAUGUAUGUGAUCAGUCUGGAUGGUCAUUUGAAAGUGGACCAAGUCACGUCAUCCUCUAGUGUGUGCAUUGGGGCUGCUGUAUGUCAGGAAAAACGGGGGGAUGCCAAUUACCAUAGAAAUCUGGGCAGCUACAAGUGGAGGAAAUACUUUAUUAAAGAUGAUCAGCUGGAGGUAAAGUACACAUCAACCCAACAAUGCACAGACAAGAAUGGCAAAACACGAGGCAAGAACAUAACAAGCACCAUAAUUUUCCACUGCCAGCCAGAAGCUGUUACGUUGGAACCAGAACUGAUGUUUAAAUCACGUGACUGUUCCUUCCUGUUUCACUGGGAUACAGAAUUUGUAUGUGUAGAACCUGGAGUUGUCAUUGAGCCUGCAGUUCCAUCAGGUGGGGGGAACAACAUGGCAGGUCCAGCCUCUGUGUCUAGGGGGAACCGAGGCAAGACAAUCGCAGCAGUGGUUGGUGUGUUUGCCUCAGCCAUUGUUGUUUGCUUUGGUCUGGUAUACUUCCAUAAACAGGAAAGAAGAAUUGCUUUUGCUUCCAAAGUUAAGAGAGUAUUGAGAUGCAACAGGCAAACAGAGAGGCAUUUUAAAUACUCUGUGCUAUCUCAAGCAGAAGAUGAAGACCCAGAAGUGGAAGAUUUCUUAAAUGAGAAUGACAUUGACAAUGAUGUGACAUGUUUAGACAAUACCCAUGAAGCUACUAGAGUCAGAAGUUACCAUGACGAUAGUGAUGAUGAUUUGUUGGAGUAAUGUGUAUUAUUACAUUUAUUUUACUUUGUUUAAAAGCAGACUGGUUUAAAGCAAAGCUUUUGGACUGAUUUGCAUAUUCAACCAUAUUUAAUGCACAUUAUUGCUUAAAAUCAACAAGUAUAUUGGUAUAUUAAAUUAAUAAAACGGUAAAUGGUAAUGUGGUGAGCAGGUUGUUACGUAAUACUUAACACAUAUUAGUCUUUGAACUGCAUGAACAUGGCGAUUUGUUGAUUUUUGCCAAAUGGUGAAAUAGGCAUGUGUCGCAAUGUUCUAUAAUAAUAUUUAUCCCAGUAAGCCAGCAAUAAGAAUAUAUUAUUUUCCCAAUAUAAAAUAAACCACGAUUGUCAAACUGGCUACAAAACAAAUUUGAAAUAACUGUCCAACAAUGUAUCAUGUUUUGUCCAUGCACUCAUAAAAAGCAGUCACAACCACAUAUGCAGGGUGCUUCGUUUUGAUCAGCCUGACUUGUAAAACUGCUAAUAAAGCUGGUCUGACCCAUGUCACUGUAACUAAUGACCGCCAGUAGUAGGGAAUAUAUAGUAGGUGGUUGCAAGUGCCUCUUAACAAUGCCAUAAAUAUUACUGAACACUCUCCAAAAAGCUGAUGUGAAAUGGCAGGUAUAUGGCACAGAUAGUCACAAGAGACAAGCUCAUGUUGCAGUUGGAGAGACAAGGACUGGGAUGUGGUGGUGGACAGCGAAAGAAAUCAAAAGAUAGGAAUUGCCAGAUCGGGAAGAAAUGAGAUGGAAUUCAAAGGAGAGAAUUGAAAGGAUCAGUGGGAUUACAGAACAUUGCAUGCCUAUUUCAUCAUUCUACAAAAAAACAACAUACCGGGUACUGGUACAUUCGUUACUUCAGUUCUAAGAUUAAUACCUGAUGUGACGCGUUAAGUAUUACAGAUUCAAUAUUACGGAUUCAAUGGGAUGGAACAAAACAGCUGCGCACAUUAUAUAUAAUGGCCGUUACAUGUUUACCAUUUUGUUAAUUAAAUAUACCAAUAUACUUGUUGAUUUUAAGCAGUAAUAUGCAUUAAAUAUUGUUGAAUAUGUAUACCAGUCCAAAAACCUUGCCCAAUCAUUCCUUUAAAAAUAGGAUAAAAUCCUUGCUGGGAUAAUAUAAGGAUGAUAUUUGGAAGACUAAAAUAAAAAUCACUUGGACAAUUAGUUAUUUAAUUAGAAACCCACAGAAAGAAAGAAGGACUAAUGUACCUAAAAUUAUUAAAAGUGUCAUUUAAUAGGGUGCAACACCGGAAAUUGUUGUGUUAUAAAUCAGGGUCAAGAAACAACCCAAACCUGAUUUCAUUCAUUUUAUAGAAAUUAAUCAAUUGAUAAAGACUUGAAGAUGAAAUAUAUGUAUUCUCAGUAUUUUCAAGAAAAUGUGUUAUGCACACCGUGUGUCUGGUACCGUGUGUCUGGUACCGUAAGUGGGGUCAACAAUUACUCAGGUGACUCUUUAAACGUAUAGUGUUGUUGACUCGUGGUUUCAAAGUUAGUCAGUUGUGUAGUUAUAGAGCUGUCACAAUAUGACUGAUACAGUAUAUCAUGAUAGAAGAUCUACACUGUGAUGCAUUGUUAAUCCAGAUACCGACUCCAAACCCUGAGUGAGUGCUCCGCAAGGCUCAAUGGGUAGGUGUAAACCACUUGCACCGACCAGUGAUCCAUAACUGGUUCAACAAAGGCCAUGGUUUGUGCUAUC